UAUACUAAGGGAUAACUAAUAUUUUGAUGGCGAAGAUAGAUAGCAAGGGUACCAUGAUUUUGUGCAAAUAGAAUGUAUAGAUCGUAGCUUAUUCCGGCUACAGUAAAAAUUGAUAAGACACUGAUACAAAGCAUGGCAUGUUCCUCGACCGAUUCAGUCGAUCUGCUGACAACGAACGCUAUACAUCGUGUAUUCAUGCAAUUUUCCGAUUAAAUAAACGUAAUUAACCGCUUCAUUUUACGAACUACAGAAACACGAACUUAACAAAUCUCUACGAUUAUAAAUGAUGACUUGUAUAAUAUUCUAAAUAACGUCAAGAAGAAUAACAGUUCAAGAUAACACCGUUUCUCAGAAAGCGUGAGAAUUGAAUAUUGCUCAAGUAUAGUUUGUAUCUUUUGAAGUUUGAUUGACGAGUUAUCAGCGAAUUUAAUUUGUGUUAGUGCGUGUUACCAUCAGUGAUCCACAGUGUGUCUAUGCCUUGCUUUCACAGGGAGAAUGUCAACGACGCCAUUAAAAAUAGAUAUACCUGAAGAUACUCGUCCAAGAGACUGGGAGCCUCGUAGGUUGCAGUACAAGGUGCCAUUGAGACUAUUACGAUUAUGUUUGUUGGGAAUGCUGCUUCCCGCGAUAUUGGUUGCAUUGCCGAUGUAUUUGCGAUAUCGCGUUUAUUCCGAACAACUGUACCCCGUAACUGUCUCUGAUCAGAGACUUAUCGACGCUAAAGUGUCCACCACUUGGUGCCAGAGUCAAGUGAUCAAAGUAAACGCGACAUUUAACGCUUACUUGAUGAACGACGAGCCGACAGUGGAAAACCAUGUGCUUCCUGUCUCUAUGACAAGGCACCUGAUUUUGGAAGACGACAUGAAGGAGUAUUGGGGAUUUUAUCUUCUUCGUGGUAGCACGGUCACCGUCUCCACUUGCGUAAGAUGGCCAGGAGCGUCUCUGACGAUUAUUCGCGGACACAAACAUCUUCAUGAGUGCGCUUUCAUCGGCGAUGACAGCAGCGAGGAGUUGGAGGAACUUUUGGAGGUUGCUAAGGAAACUGGACUUAUUACGGCUAAUGGAACUCUUGAGAGAGAGAGUCCCAGUAACGAGCCAGAGAAGAUGAAGAGGGUCCACCAAGACGUGCAGUUCCACCACAAAGCCCACCUCUUCAACAGCUCCAAACACCUAACAAACUCCAUGGUGCACUACAACAGCCACGAGCUAGACGCCAAAGCGAUGAGAACAAUUCUAACCGAGCUGUUCGCGAAAACUCUCGACACGAAGAAAAAGCAGAAGGAGAAUCCUCAUCAUCACUACGAAGGCACGUUCGUGGAGGUCGACAACAUCGACAAACCUCCAGGUCCGAAUGUUGCCAAUCCAGAAACGAACCUGUUGAAGAAUUUCGGCGAUGUUUUAAAAAAGCAACAGGAAAAGGUGAACUCGAGUGUGAAGAAUGAAAAACAUAUGUUGACGAAACACGGGAAACUUGAACAUGGAGGCGAGAGGAGAAACCAGAAGAACGAAACGGAGGAAAGUAGAAACUCGGAGCCGACGUCUGCUGAGGUGUUUCAGGAUGUUUUGAAUAAAAUCAAUUCGCUGGGUUUCCGGGGGAAGAAGAUAUUGAAGAGGUUGAUGGACGAGAUCGAGGAGAAGGGACCGGAAGGUGAAGCUUUGAGGAGGGUUGUGAAUGAAACGAUGAACGAUCAGAGACUCUCGGAUGCUGAGAAGGCUAGGAGACGAAGAGAUCUGAUAUUGUCUUCGACUCUUAAUCGGGAGUUGACGGAGGAUGAUGAGGACGACGAUGCUGCUAUCGAAGAGGAUAUGUUGAACCCAGAUGGAAUAGCCGAGGACAGAGGCACGGUGAACGAGACCACCCUGAACGACAGAAGCAACUCCGAGUUCUGGAGUUCUUUCAGCAGCUCCGAGGAACGACUUCUGGAUUGCAAAGGUCUGAUCCUGAAUCUGCCUUUGACUCCGCAUCGACAAUGUACGCCGAAACACGAGAAGGAACAUUCGACAGCUUCGUUCGCCAACACGGUUACUUACAGAGUACCAACGAACGGAUACUACUUCUUCGUAUUCAACUCCGAGAACGAGAUCCAACCUAACUUCCUCCGCGUUCGUUUCGACCUCCUGAAAACAGUCUACAACAUCUCCAACCCGGUACACGCCUGUAAAAACAGCACAACCGAGUGUUCGUUGCCGUUCAAAAUUUUCAGCAACCAGAGAACAGUCUUCGAACUACCAUUAAGCGGUAAUGAUUCACAAUGGAACGAAGAGUACGUGGUCGUAUCAACGUGCGAGCCUAGAACAUCUGUUUACUUGCUGUGCAUCAUAUCGGUUCCUUUGCUCAUCCUCGUAUUUGCGUUUCACUGAUAUCUGAGCUGGAUCAGCAUAGAACGAAGAACAGUAUUCAGAUCUCAUGAUAGCGACGAUCAUCGAAUGUAAAUAUUAUUUAGCUUUUAAGGCGUACGAGACAAAGCACUGUCACGAUGACGAUGGCUGAACAGUAUUUGAAUUGGCGGCUGAAAAAUCGAUUGUAAGGUUUGCUGGUUACUGUGAUUGCGGAGGAGGUUUUAAUCUAUUAAUUCUUGGAGGAGAAUAAUUCUUAUGAUGUAUUAGUUUUAUAGUUGUGAAGAUUGCGGAGUCUCGGUAUAUGGCACUGUUUUAUGUGGUUGAACUUGUGGGUUUAAUUUGUUUUGUUAUUAUUUUUGUGGAGCGGGGGGGUUAUAGGGAGACUUAUUAUAGAAUUCUAAAUUUUUAAUUUAUUAGUUUUCAAGUUUCUAAAUUUUCAAGUUUUCAAAUUUUCAAGUUUCUAAA